CUUACAACACGGCCCGACUAUUAUUGGGAGCACUGAUCUUGCAGUGUUUGAUUUUGGGAGUUUAAUAAUAACUGGGGCUCUUUCUUUUUUCGCUGAGCAUGCGCAGCCUGGUCCGCUAUGUUGGGUCCUAGCCUUCAUGGGGAGUUUCUGCGACAUGCAGUUCUUGAGACAGUGGUUCCUCAUGCUCCUGAUGUCGAUAUCGAAACAACUUUAACCACUGCUCUUGAAGAAGGAGCUGAGGAUCUUACAUCUGUUCUCAAAGCGGUUCCACAGCGCUCUUUGCUUUUUUUUGAUGAGACUGUUACCGUGCGCGUCGUCCUCAGACUAUCGAAUUGCUCUGAAAAUGCAUUGAGAUUUCAUCUUCCACAAUUGGAUAUUGGUUUAAACGCAUUCGUCUUCAACCCUGCUGAGCUUGGGUCGGCCGAGCCAGGACCUACGAAAGACCUGAUAUUUUCGGGGACUGUGCACGAUAAGGAAGAUCCAUUAGUUGUUGUAAAUAUAUUUGAAGGGGAUGAGGAGAGUGGGAAUCAUGUUUAUGUUAUCUGGAAGAUUAAAGCUUUUCUUCGUCGUCCUCGCAUUCGUAUCCAACACCCAUGCGUUGCAUUCUCCGCUGCAGCUACUUUAAAUACGACCGAAAUACCAGAAAAGUCGCUGCAAGAAGAUGAUUAUCUUCCGAGUACCGUCCCGGCGUCAGCAAACGUAUUGCAACCCCUUUCCACCGAUACCUCCUUCAAAUCCGUGGCUCCGUUUCUCCCAGCAUCUAGACUCCUUCGUGUCGUUCCAGCUACACAAAAGGAGGCACCUGUAUACAAUAUAUGGCAACAAACUCAAAAUCCUAUACGUAUUGUACCUGCUGCAAGUGCCAGGAUACGUUGUACACGGCUCAAUACCUUUUCUAGUCGACCGACUACAAUUGCUAGUCUUGACUUGGAAGCAACGCCAUUUUUAGGUUGUGAUAUUGUCUUUGAUAAAGCAGACAUCGUUUUAUUUGAUGGCCAAGCAGAGAACAUGUCCAACGUUGAGGAAUUACAGCCUCCUAUUCUGCUACGACCAAGAGAUGAUGUUACCCUCAUGUACAAACUAAUCCCCGAGUAUGGACCUGAGUCGUAUCUCUCGACAACGGCUUUGGUCAGUAUGCUCGACAUUUCCCUUGAAGGGGUGAUAAAUCUAUCUGGUGAUUGCCAACCUCGAAUUGCCAUGCAAUGGCGAACAAAUGUUGAUUUUUCUAUGCCUCUAAACCCGACAUUUGGCGGACCUAGUCAGACAUUACAGCGCAAUAAUCGGCCAGCCAGUUUGCCCGUGACUCCUGGACAAGGUGGCUCAUCGUCGUCAACAAGCGCAGCCAAUCGUAGCUCUUAUCGAGAGCGUGCUCAUUCUAUCACUCAAGGGGGUGUUACUAUUUCAUUCUCCGGACCCGCAACUGUCGAGGUUAGCAAGCCAUUCCAAUGGGAUGUCUUCAUUGUAAAUCGUUCUAAUGCUCCUCGGAAAUUUGCAAUGAUGGCAAUUCCUCGACGGAAACGAGUCGACCCUCGCAGACACGUGGCGCGGCCCUCGUCGUCCUCUGUAUCAAGCAGGAAGGAGGACCGCCUUGCAGAAGCUGUCACUGACGAGAGUAUCAUUCACGCAAUGCAGAAGAAUGCCUCUGGGCAAGAUGCGGACUUGAUUUGUCUGAGCACGGAACUUAGGAUAGGGCCUCUCCUCCCUGGCACUUGCCAUUCCACGGAGCUGAUCCUCCUUCCAUUAGCCACCGGCAGUCUUCACUUAGAGGUGGUAAGGCUGGUGGACAUGAAUACUAACGAGACGAUCGAUAUCAGGGAUCUGCCCGACAUCGUGUCCUUGGAUAGAAGCGCGUAACGAAGAUACAUGAGCAAUGCCCACUUGUACAUACUCCGGCUGGCCCCAUGAAUGCUGCUCUUUUCAUGCCUAGAAAUGAUAUGUCAAGACAUGAAUCGAAUAAUGUAUUAUUAUAGAUAUAGUGCCAUCUAAUCAAUACAGAUCUGUCAUUCUGGUUUCUAAUAUAAGCUGUUCAACG